ACUGGUGAAACCAUGGUAAAGAAAACAUCGAACCCUAUCCAUUGCUCAUUUAAGUUAGCUGACUUUUUGAUCGAAGACUGAAACAUUUUCGAGAUGGACCAGCUACCUUUCAAGCAUAUAGAUGGAAGCAUUUCUAUCCCAUGUACUAAAUGUGAUGAGUACGUUGAUGUGCAAAAGCUUCAGGAACAUCGUGAAGCCCAUCGCGUCUGGAAAAUAUUUCGCUGUAAUGCAGAAACUGUUCCCAAAACCACAAAGCAGCUUUUGAAGAAAAGACGUAAUAUCAUUAAUGAAGCGAUUGGGAAAGCCGAUCCAAAUAGGCCAGUUCCUGUGAAGGUUUUGCAGAAGAUUGACUGGGCUUUUGAAAAGAUUCGAAAGACAAUUUCGGAUGACAAGACAGGUUUUAUACAAGAUACGAGAAGUAAAUUGAAUGAAAAUAUAGCAGCUAAAAACUAUCAAGUUGCGGGAACAUCAAGUAAGCUCAAAAGCUCUGGACAAGCUGUUGGCGUUUGCCACAGUCAAAACGAGAGGUGGAGGACUAUUGAUGAGGACAGAUACACAUUUAAAGAAAGUUGUCUUGGUACUGUUGAGCACGGCUUCUUUGGUGUAUUUGAUGGUUACAACAAUGCAGUAGCUGCAGAUAAAUGCUCCAAACAUUUUUAUGACAUUCUGAUUAAACAGAUUGUCAAAACUAACAGUGACUUUGAUUACCACCAAAUGUCUGAAGAUCAAAUUGAAAAAAGGAUAGAAUUAGUGAAGGAAGCACUAAAGGCCUGCUUCCAUGAAAUGGAUUCUUAUCUAUUGAUUGGUGAGUUUGAAUCAUCAAAGCUUCGCUGGAGUGGGACAUCAGCAACUAUUUGCUACAUUGAAAAUGACACAUUGUUUAUUGCGAAUGCUGGUAGUGUUAGGGGUCUCUUUGUUAAAGGUGAUGGGUCAGCUGUUACCAUCACUCAAGACCACACGCUUGAAAACAAAAAGGAAAGAGACAGACUAAAAAAAUCAAAUGCUUCUUUGUCUCUGAGUACAAGGUCCUCCUUGGUAAAUGGCUUACUUGCAAGCACUAGAGGUUUAGGAAAUCAUGGUGAUCCUGUAUUGAAGUCAUUGGUAAUAUCAAGCCCAAAUGUUACUGCAUUGAGAAUUGAUCCUGAUGACCAAUUUUUAAUUUUGUAUUCGGCUGGAAUCUGGGAAAUAUUUAGUGAUAAUGAGGUUAUGUUUCUUUUAGAAGAUAUCAUGCCUGACUUUUCAGAUGUUGAUGUAUUAAGAGAGCACCUAUUGAAACAGGAGCUUGGCAACAGACCCAAAGGACAAAAUGAUCAGAUGGCAAAGAUUGAUGAGAUUUCUGUUGAUCAAGUACAGUCUGAAAGAGAUAAUCAAGAUAUUUUGGCAAAGAAAGAAUCAAAGUCCAAGCGCCAAGCAGAUUUUACAUCCAACAUUAUUGGCCAGAAUGGCAAUCUGGAUGAGGGUGAAAACGCAGUUGAAAUUGAAGUAGAUCAAACCUUUGAAGGGUCACUUGCAGAAAGUAACAUUUCUAGCGAGUCAUCAUCCACUGAUAUACGAUUACCUAGCCCAAAUAGCGGAGAACAGUCUUACACAGAGAGCAAGGCUUGCUUUUUGGCAAGGGCUUUGGUUGAGCGACUUGUUUACAGUGCUUUGCUAGCAGGCUCUCAUGAAAAUAUUACCGCAAUGGUUGUGCUAUUAAAUGGGUGUCCAAUCAAUCUAUACUUACUACCUGAAGUAAAAAGGAAGUCUGUUGUACAGAGGAUAAUUUCAAAGAUUGAAUAA